AUGAAUGGAGCGCAUGAAGCGACGGAUGCUUUUGCGGUUUAUACUCGCGUCUUCGCUUCACCUUCUCGUCGAUUCUGCAGCGUCGUUCUUCUCAUCAGUCUACACUAUUGGCUCUAUCUUAGUCGUAUCAGUUUCAUCAGAGGCGUUCUUCACGUAAAUGUAGCUUUAUUUUCACUACACACAUACAUACAUACACGAUACACUGUUACUACUAGUUUACUACAACGUUGCUUAUAUGGAAAAGAUUCGCUGUGCACGCCACUCUGGUUAUUCUACUGA